AUAAAAAUAUUACAUUGCGAUAUAUCACAAUUUAAUAUUAUAGACAUAUUACUAAAAUAUUGCUGUUACGUACUUAUGUAAAUUUAAACGAACCGAGCUUCUGUAUCAUGUAGUUUAAGACCUAGUCAUUAAGUAAGUUCUUUGUACCGAGUAUGACAUCUAUUGUAAGUAUAGUCAUUGCCUAUUCGGAGGCUGUCGAUACUCAGUUCAGUUGGUAACAGUCAGUCUCACGAGGAAGGCCGUCUGAGAGAGAGCGAAUAAAUUUUAUAUUACGCAAGGUUUUGAUGCAAUCAUUUAUCCCGAGAAAGUAAAUAGCGUCCACAUACGCACGUGACGCGAGUCACAAGUGAUCCGAGCAUAACUUAGUCGCGUAUCACUAAACAUUGAUUCUUCGAGCCGGAUAAUAUUGGGAAGAUCGACAUACAAGACGAUAUCUUGCAUGCGCGUGUGCGGGUUACCCGGCGUAUCUGGACUGCCAUAUCGGAAGCGAAGGACGUCACACGUUCGAGAAGGCACGGAGAAUAUCGAUCAUCGCAGCCAAAGAUCAUUGGGACAUUUUAUGCAUCGAAUUAUCGAGACCGGCGCCACGCGAUAAAAUUCUGUCGUAUUGUAUUUUUGUUAGUCUUCGAUCGCACUGUGAAUCGUUUCGUAAGCUUACUCCCGAAAAACGCUUCGAGGUAGUUAAGAACGCUCAUUUGUGCAUUAACUGUCUAAAGUCAGAGCAACAUCAAGCGAAGGGUUGUACGUCGAACUCCUGUCGCAAGUGUGGGAAACAGCAUAAUACGUUGCUGCAUUUUAAAUCGUGUACAUUACAACAACGACCAAAUAGAUACAUAGAUAGAUACAUCAAAAAAUGUAUACAGUUAUCGAGUUUGUGGACGGUAUUAUGGCAGUGCCAAGUGCAUGGGUUGAUACUAAAGAGCUUAUAUGCAAAUGGCCUCCAUAUUCAAAUGCUGACAUUAAGAAAGCCAUUAUUGAUAUUGAUGAAGUUGCCGAAAACUGGGACACGUUGUCUAUUAUUAGAGUAUUUGGAAAAUCAGUUCAUGAUACAAACAAUAACAUCCUCAUUCCUAGGCAAAAUACCAGCGAUGUUGGAAAAACAUUUGAAAAAAGUGUUCGUGUUGCUAAAACUCAUGAUAUAAGUAAAAUACCAAACAAUGACAUUAGCGAAAAACUCAAUUAUAUAAUUGGUUUAGAAGAAGAAAAUGUCAAGAAAAAUAAUGCUAUAUUGCAGGAAAUAAAAGAAAUUCGAAAAGUAAUGAUUAAUUUCCGUACGAAAACAUAUAAUGACCCUACAGUACAGGCUGUAGAAGAAUCUAUAAAUAAAGAAACAAAUUUGAAUAAUUUUUUUCCGCUUGAUGACCAUAAUGCACUAGAGGCACUGGAAGAAAAAUUGAAAAAUCGAAUAUUCCAGAAGGAUGUGAUGACAUUGUUAGCCAAAAGAGGAGGGCGAAAUGCAAAUGAACUUAUAAACAACAUUUUAGCAAAGGUAUUCACAAACAGUUUCGCUACACAGUAUAGUUAUUAUGGAAAACGGAAAAAGAAGGCUUUAUCCGAACUGAAAAUCACCAAAUGUAUUAUUGUCGCUUAUUACCGGACGAACAACACAGGACAACGUUGGCUGCUGAAGUCGAUCGGUGGAAGAUUUUUUGAAAAAAAAACGUACUUCCCGAAGAUGAACUACUACGUUCCAAUUCAGGAAAACGAAACUCGUGAUAAACCAACAGUAUCACAGCCGCGCCAUACACCCCGCAUCCUGAAAAGGAGAUUUCCCCUUACGGCUACAUCUUAUAAGUACUUGGAAAUGGGAAUCAGCAUAGGGUCUGAGCCUUUUGUAGAAAUACUGCUUGGCGACAACAAGGGUAACCACAUAAUUUUACCAUACACAACAUGGCAAAAAUUUAUCGAGAGACGUGUGGAUGUUGAGGAACUCGUACGGGCAACUAUACCAUCUUCGAGACUUUUUAUUUGUGAUUUAGUAAUGGAAAUUGUAAACGUACACGAUAAAAAUAUCGUAAAAUUAAUACUAUGUAAUAUCUAUAUAUAUAUAUAUAUAUAUAUGAAACCAUUAACAAUAUUAUUUUUACUUAAUCUUGAACACUGCGUUGAAUCUAUGUAUAAUCAAUUAUAUAAAAAUAAUUAUAGUGUAAGUGAUAAAUAUAAACAUUUUGUAAAUCUUUUACGUCAAAAUUAUAUUACUAAUAAGUGUGAUGCUCUAAAAUUAUUAUUUAAAAGUUAUGAUAAAACUUGUAUAAUAGAUUGCGAACUAGUGACUUAUGCAUCCGACAAUAUUGUACAUGAUGCUUUACGUAAUUAAUAAAUAAAUAUGUAUUUGUAUAAAAGUUAAAAA